GAAUUACAGAAGCCGUGGAGACCUUUUAACACCAUACACCUACAGGUUGCGGCGCCCCUCCCCUGCAUCCAGAGAGAAGCUAGCCUCUGAUUCGGCACCGUUGUCAUACUCAGCAAAAAUGGAAGAUUCCAGCUGUAAACAUUCUUUGGUAGAACUGUGUGUUGAACAUCCUGGGAAGGAGAUGGAAUGUACAGAACACUCUGGGCAGGAGAUGGACCAUCCUGGACAAUCUGAAAACGAGAGUGGCCACACAGAUCACCCUGGGGAGGAGAGUGGCCACACAGAACACCUUGGGGAGGAGAGUGGCCACACAGAACACCUUGGGAAGGAGAGUGGCCACACAGGACAUCCUGGGAAGGAGAGUGGCAGCAGGGAGACCCAGACAACAGACAUGGGCCUGCAGCAGGAAACGUGUGAUGUGAACUUUCCCCAACCUGACAACACAUCAACCUCACAGGUACAGGAGAGCAGAGGCAGUAUGGGAAGGCACGUGGUUAAACACACCGGUGACAAACCCUACAUGUGUGGGGAGUGUGGAUACAGGACAGAAAGAAAGUCUAAUUUAUCCCGACAUGCUAGGACCCAUACAGGAGAAAAACCCUACAAGUGUGACCAGUGUGACUAUUCUGCUGCACAGAAAUCUGCUCUACAAGAUCAUCUAACAAAACACACUGGUGAGAAACCCUACAUGUGUGGGGAGUGUGGGUACAGGACAGCUCAAAGGUCUAACUUAUCCCGACAUAUGAGAACUCACACUGGAGAAAGACCAUUCAAAUGCGACCAUUGUGACUUUUCUGCAGCACAGAAUCUACUCUAGACGAACAUCUAACAAAACACACUGGUGAGAAACCCUACAUGUGUGAUGAGUGUGGGUACAGGACGGCUGACAGGUCUACAUUAUCCCGACACAUGAGAACCCAUA